CCCAGUUUCCGUAUUCAGCAGUAGCAGUGCCUGGAGGAGGAAGGCGGAAGGAACGCGGAGACAAUGCCGGGCCUCGCUGCUCUUGUUACUGUAGCCACUUUGGGAAUGUUGCAAUGUCUCCGCGUUCCAGCGGCGAGCUCCGGGAAAGCGGGCGGCAUCCAGGCAUUUGUGAUCGCCCACAGCCAUAUGGACGUCGGCUGGGUUUACACCGUCCAGGAGAGCAUGCAUGCAUAUGCGGCCAAUGUUUAUACGACCGUGGUAGAAGAAUUGGUAAAAGGGACACAGCACAAGUUUAUUGUGGUGGAACAGGAAUUCUUCCGGCUCUGGUGGGACAAGGUGGCCACUGAUGCACAGAAAGAGCAGGUCCAUAAGUUGCUGGAUGAAGGACGUUUGGAGUUUGUCAUUGGAGGUCAGGUGAUGCAUGACGAAGCAGUAACAGAACUCAGCUCACAGAUCUUACAGCUCACAGAAGGACAUGGUUUCCUGUAUGAAACAUUUGGAACAAGACCUCAGUUUUCAUGGCAUGUGGAUCCCUUUGGUGCCUCAGCCACCACCCCAACAGUGUUUGCUUUGGCCGGAUUUAAUGCUCAUCUCAUCUCUCGGAUUGACUAUGAUGAAAAGGACAUGAUGCAGAAAAACAAGAAGCUCCAGUUUGUGUGGCAGGCAUCGCCCUCUUUGGCCCAACAGCAAGAAAUCUUCACUCACAUUAUGGACCAAUACAGUUACUGCGUCCCUUCCUUUCUGCCAUUCUCCAACAGGUCUGGCUUUUAUUGGAAUGGCAUUGCUGUUUUUCCUGACCCACCAAAAGAUGGAAUUUAUCCUAAUAUGAGCCUCCCAGUGACCAAUGAAACAAUUCGUGCUUAUGCAAAGACAAUGGUAUCCAACAUAAAAGAGAGAGCAGGCUGGUUCCGAUCUAGUCAUGUUCUGUGGCCGUGGGGCUGUGAUAAGCAAUUCUUCAAUGCCUCCGUACAGUUUAAGAACAUGGAUCCAUUGAUGGAUUAUAUCAAUCAACAUACAGAUGAAUUUGGAGUUACAGUGCAAUAUGCCACAUUAAGUGAAUAUAUUCGUGCUGUUCACAAUGCCAACCUCACUUGGGACAUCCAAAAGAACCAGGACUUUCUCCCAUACUCCUCUGAGCCAUUUCAAGCUUGGACUGGAUUUUAUGCCUCUCGGAAUAUACUCAAAGGUCUGGCCCGGAGAGCGAAUUCAUUCCUCUAUGCUUGUGAAUCCCUUUUCACGUUGUAUCUCUUGAGAUACCCAUUAGGAUCGGUAGACAAAUUUUGGGCUUUACAACAAAUUCAGCACUUAAGAUGGGCAGUUUCAGAGGUACAACAUCACGAUGCUGUAACUGGGACAGAAUCUCCAAAAGUGAGAGAUAUGUACAUGGCUCACCUAUUUCAAGGGAUUUGGGCUGUGAAAUUAGUGAUGGCUGCUAUAUUUCAAGAAACCCAGAACACUCCAAAGGAUAAAUUGGACUUUCCACUUCCCCAUACUCAGGACACCAGAAAUACAGAGGGCGGCGUUUUGCAGAUUACCGUCUACAACCCUCUUGGAUGGAACAUCACCACAAUCAUCAACGUUUCUGUGGCUUAUUCAGAAGUCAGUGUUUAUGAUGAUGCAGGAAACACUGUGCCAUCACAGAUCCAGAAAUCAGUUUCUCACAACACUUUUGACCUGUAUGUUCUCGUAAGGCUAAAUGCACUCAGCUACCGGAGAUACCUGGUGAAACAUGAAAAGUUGGCUUGCACCAAGGAACCAGAUGGCCUGUGCUCAAAAAAUCCUACUUCCUUCAGAGGGAGAGUGUUUACGUUUGACAGAAAGUCAGUGAGCAAAUCAAAACAUCCGGGCCGUAGACUACGUUCAUUGAUGAAUGACUGCUAUGUACUGAUGCUGAAUGAAGACACGAAUUUACUGUACAGCAUCACUGACAGAUCCUCCCAGAAGACUGUCAAGAUAAGGCAGGAGUUCUUGGAGUACUUUGCUAAUGGAGAUGUUAAACAGGGCCCAAUCUCUGAUAAUUACAUAUUCACACCAAAAGGUUUGCCCGUGCUGGUGUCACAGUCAAUUGGAAUGGAAAUAGUCACAGGAAAACUAGUAACUGAAAUCAGACAGUACUUCUACAGCAACACUUCUGCUAAUGAACAAGAUUACCAAUAUGCAAUAUUCACAAGGAUCUAUCGUGUACUUGAUGGCUAUGAUGCAUCAAUGCUAUGCAAUAGAAUUGAGCAGGAGUAUAUUGUAGGACCACUGAACCUCAACAGGGAGGCCAUUUUGAGCAUGACUACAGAUAUGAAAACGGACAGGACCAUUUAUAUGGACAAUAAUGGCUACCAGAUGAUGAAGAGACUGUACAAGUCAUACAGCAACAAUACUCUGGCUCGAAACUACUACCCUCUUGUAAGGACUGCUUACAUUGAAGAAAGUGACACAAGGCUUGUCAUAUUAUCUGAGAGAGCACACGGCAUUUCCAGUCAAGCUGAUGGGCAGUUGGAAGUGAUGCUUCAUCGAAGAUUAUGGAAUAACAAAGCAUGGAAUCUGGGCUACAAUCUUACGCUGAAUGACAGCUCAGUAGUACGGCCACUUUUCUGGUUGAUGAUGGGGUCAAAGGCAACAACUUCAUCGUUACAUCAGAGUGGUCUGGCGCUCGAGUUCAGGCCCAUCAUUAUGUAUGGUCCUGUGUCAGGGAAGAAGACAUUUGUUCCAUCGCACAAUUCACAGAGUAACAGUUCAGUGAGUUCUGGCUUUCUCCCACCCAAUCUCCACCUUCUAACACUUUGCCUGCCUGGUUGGCGAUAUGAUUCAAACCACACCAUGCAUUUGCAAAAUAUAGUCAAAGGUAAAUCUAAACAAUCUGAGCCAGAUUUCCGCCGCAUCCUACUGAGAAUUAUGCAUUUGUAUGAAGUGGGAGAAGAUCCUGUUCUGUCCCAGCCUGUGACUGUCAACCUAAAGGAUCUGCUGAAGGUGUUGGGAACGGUGGUAUCUAUUGAAGAACGCUCACUCACAGGGAUCUGGAACAUUAACACACUCAAACGCUGGAAAUGGAAAACAACACAACAAGAUGGUGGAGAUCUUAAAAAUGACAAAAGGUGGCUAACUAAAGACUUCAUCAUCACUAUUCGACCCAAGGAGUUGCGAACUUUCUUUGUAUAUUUUAAAGAGUAGGAAAACUACAAAGAAAAUAUCAACUUCUUAAAAACUUAUGACUGUAUCGUGCAAGUUCACGUGUCAAGUUGCAGCUUAUUCUCGUUGCUGGCUUGAAGUAAAAUAAAUGACCAGGUAGCAUCUCUAUCUAAUUUGGAGGAAAAUAGAAAAUAUAAUAUUGUGGCAAGUGGAGGCAAAAGGACAUGUGAAUGUACAAACCAACCUUAAAAUAAAUGAAAAGAGGAUUGAAGAACAUGCAUCAGGAUGAAACAUACUGCAAGACGUUGCUACUGAAAAGCAUACCAUUGACCAAUUUUCAGAUAACUAUAAAAGAAACGCUGUUGGUCUGGGGUUUCUAGAAAAUUCCUCUUUGGCAUGCAGCUCGACUAUCAGAAGCUGGUUUCUCCUAAUGUUAUCAAUUUUUCAGUCACUCAGGUGCCCCAUGCAAUGUUUUCUGAUAUAUUAAUGCAUGGUUUCAAUCAUUAUUGAAGAAACUUCGAGCUCCUGAUUUGUUUAUCAACAGAUACGAUUUAUUUCUGUGUAAUUUCUAGUAUUGUUAUGUAAAGUACUGGAUCCUAAUCAUCCUUUAUUGCCUCAGUGAAUGGAAAUAUAAUUUCAAGUCAGUGAUCCUUCAAUAGAAUCCCUGUUAAUGAAAGAUCAUCAAUGAGAAACAUAAACUUUGUUUCUGUUUUUUUUUCCCUUUUUCUCCACCAACGUUGUCUGAACAUUUCCAGCAUUUUCUGUGUUUACUUUGAUUGUCAGAUCGCAGUAUUUGUAGUAUUUUGCUUUAUAAUCCAUUAUUGCCUUGUGGACACUUUAUCAUAAAACAUUCCUGCUCAAUCACCCUGUCCUUUAUGUCCCACAUUUUCAGUUGGUUCCAUCGUGUUCGUGACAAUCUAUUACUAAUAUUGACCUUCGUUGUUAUAUUGAGAACAUUGGGUGCACAUACUCAAAUCAUUGCUAAUGAGUAUUAUUAAUGUAAUCCUAUUUAUAAGACAGAUCUCAUCUAUCUGAGACUGAAUUAUAUUUUUAACUGGCACACAUCUUCAAGCACUGAGCCCACACCUCCCCCCUCACCUCCGUCCAAGGCCCUAAAGGAUCAUUUCAAAUCCAGCGGAGAUUUUCCUGCACAUAUGCUCACCUCAUUUACUGCAUCUGUUGCUCUCGAUGUGGUCUCCUCUACAUUGGUCAAACAGAACGCCAAUUUGCAGAACAGUUCAGGGAACAUUUCUGUCACAAUUACCCCCAAUUGAUUCCACCUAAUGACUUCUCACCCACCUACCCCCUGCUGCCCAGCCCCCACCCUCUUAUUUAUCUCUCAUCUCCCUUCCCUCUCCAUAUUCCUGAUGAAGGGUUUAUGCCCAAAAGGUCGAUUCUCCUGCACCUCGAAUGCUGCCUGGCAUGCUGUGCUUUUCCAUUGUCACAUUUUUCGACAUGUCUUCAAGUGUGCACUGAAGUCUACUUGACUAUUCAAUCUUGGCGAUAUUAUUGGUGUGUUAGAAAACUGGAACAACGUAGGUGGAAUUAUCCAAAAGUUAGCCUUCUCGCCCUGUCUUUGUGGGUAGCAGUUUACAUCUUAAAAUCAACUUUCCGUUGGUGACUUAGUCGUCUAUAAACAGAAUAUUUCAAAGAUAAGAUGUGCUCAGGAAAGAGUAUGAUCAAUUUCAACUCCAAAACAAUGAGGAGUCAAUCAGUUAAUGAACCAGCUACUGGAGAUUUACAGAAUGCAAUUUAUUUUCUUGUUUCUCAUUUCCUCACAAGUAUCCACACCCACUAGCUUUGGAAGAACCUUAUUUGUGCCCUGCUGAGAAUCUAUUCUUGGCUGAGGGGAGAUGUUGAGAGGGGGGGCACAGUGAAGGAGAGAGUAGGAGCCAGCUUACUUGGCAGUAUAUUUGGCUGUCACUAAAUAGGGCAAUAUUCAGAUGGACAGCCUUGACUUCAUGUGGUCAGAAUAAGCAAAAAGAAGAAAGGAACAUAUGGACAGUUCAGUAUGAAUUUGACAAGGGUUGUCAGGGAUGGCAGAUUCCCAAGUUUCAAAGAUUUGAUGAGGCCCAAACCACAUUAAAUGCAUUGGUAGCAUUGAACAGAAAGGGUUAAGUAAGGUUACCAUAUUUCACCAUUCUGCUGCAAGGACUUUUAGACAAUUAUCAUUGUGUGGUAAAAAUUAUUAUAAAUCUUUCUCUGUUCACUUAACAAUCGCAGAUUAAACCAGUUGUGAAUUUG